GUCUUCUUCACAAUGGCCUCCAACGCCCACCAGGUCUUCCUGCAGGCCUACGACAUCUUCUUCCGCCACUACCACAACAAGCCCUACACGCUCUUCCACCCCGACCUGUUCCGCCGCAAGAUCGACCAGCGCCAGGUCCCCCAGUACCUGCAGUUCGCCUUCAUCGCCACCGCCGUGCGCUUCUCCUCGCAGCUGCAAUGGAAGCAGCGCAAGCAGAAGACCAUCGACGGGUACGCCCAGGGCUCGUGGGAGAUGAUCAUGUCGUCGCCGGACGGGCUGGGCGAUGGGUCCGAUGUUUCUGUUAUCCAGGCUCUGGCACUGCUGGCUAUUAUUGAUGCAACUGCCGGUCGACGACGCGCCGCCUGGGUCAAGAUUGGCAUGGCCGUGCGCAUCAGCCAGGACCUGCAGAUGAUGCUAGAGCCAGACGAGAGUCUUCCUGCUGCAGAACGCGAGGAACGACGCGGGAUAUUCUGGUCGCUGUUUCUCGUCGACCGGUUUAUCUGCUGCUCCUUUCGACGUCCACCGGCGAUUAAAGUCGCGGACUGCCGGCUGAAGCUCCCCGUUGACACACCCAUUCAAGGCCCUCAGUCAGCACUCACGAUAGUAGAGCUGCUAGACGCAAAGACGCGCUCAAGACCAGACAAAGUCGUCGGACUAUCUGGCCUCAGCGUAGGGUUCACAGCCCUGCUUGGCCGCACGAUCGACUACAUGAUGAACAGCGAAGCAACCACUGUCGAACCAUGGCACCCUGACUCCGACCACACCAGCAUCUACACCAGUCUUGAAUCGUUAAAAGAAAUGGCCGACACAUACGCUCCGUCCCAGGACCAAGGCCAGAGCAUCCAGCUCCCUCAAACCGACCGCACAUCCCACUUCGUCCUCUCUCUGACCCUCUACCACCUCACCCACUGCAUCCUCAGCCACCCAUUCCUACUCGGCAUGAAACGAAACGCAUACCAAAACGAGGCCACCCCAACGCCCUGGUUCGAAGAACAGCACGCUUCAUGCUGGGGCCACGCCCAGGCCCUGACGAUGCUGGUCGUCGACGCAAAGGCAGCCGGGUACAUGCUCGCGCCGUCAUUCUAUAGCUACUGCGCCCUUGUCGCAGGGACAGUCCACGCCAUCCUCCUGCACGGCGAAGAUAAACCGGCCAGUGAGCGGGCAGCAAACUAUCUCCGCGCGUCGCUGGACUACUUUUCCGAGAUCGAGGAGAUGUGGCAUAAUUCGUUUAUCAUGGCUGACGCCCUGCGCUUCUUCACGAACCGCUGCGUCCGGUAUAGCGCUAUUCUGCUAGGACCAGCUGAGAGGUUCGCCCAACUCACAGAGACAGAUAUCACCGUCCUUCGCGCGGUGCUGGAUUACUGGACCAUGAUGGACCCGCGCAAUCCCGUUUCGGAACUCAGCUUGUUGAACAUCGACUGUUUUGCGCGUGAUUCGGAUAAUAAAAGAGAGAAUGCGCCUUCCCUUACACCCGACGACACGACAGAGGGCUCGGAGACGUCCAAGGAGAAUAGUUGUAAUGAUACUGUCGACCCAAGCCGUGUUCUGCGGGAUUUUCCGCUGUCGAUGUCGUCGCCUUUGGCUGAGUCUGGGGACGAGGCUGGGACGGAGUUUUCGAGGUGGGAUUGGGAUAAUGAGUUGGAUUCUUGAUGUUAUGGAACAUAUACAGUAUAUACAGUGCAAGUAGUAGACAGGAAAGAACCCUAUUGGAACGGUUAAUCAGAGUGGGGCAGCAAUCCCACCUCUUCAGUCUUUCCUUCUGCCUCAAUUAC